GCAAAGAAAGAGGCCGGAGAGAAUCAAGAAGAGGGUGGUGGCGAGAAAUGGCGGCGAUGGUCGGAGAAGAGAGCAAGUUGGAGCUGAGCUUGGGCCUUCCGGGCGGCGGCGGCGGCGGGGGAGGAGGGGUACUGUCUGCAGCAAAGGGGAAAAGAGGGUUUGAAGAAACUCAAGAUGUGGAUUUGAAGCUGAAGCUUUCAUCUAAUAAUACUAAGGACUCCCCUAUCCAAGCUUCUGACAAGGCCAAUACCAAUAAGCCCCCAGCCAAGGCACAGGUUGUGGGUUGGCCACCAGUGCGUGCAUUCCGAAAGAAUGUCAUCGCAGCCAACAGCCAGGCCAAGGGAGGCGCCCAAGAGGGAAGCGACAAGGGAGCAGUUCUGGUCAAAGUAAGCAUGGACGGGGCACCCUACCUUCGUAAGGUAGACCUCAACCUGUACAAGAGUUAUCAGGAGCUCUCCGAUGCCUUGACCAAGAUGUUCGGCUCCUUCACUAUUGGAAACUACUGCGAAGGGGAAGGAGGGAUGAAGGAUUUCAUGAAUGAGAGCAAGUUGAUGAAUGUGCUGAGCAGUUCUGACUACGUCCCGACCUAUGAGGACAAGGAUGGUGAUUGGAUGCUUGUCGGUGAUGUUCCGUGGGAGAUGUUUGUGGAAUCCUGCAAGCGCUUGCGCAUUAUGAAAGGAAAAGAAGCCAUUGGACUUGCACCUAGAGCAAUGGAAAAAUGCAAGAACAGAAGCUGAGGAAAUGCAGCAUAUGGCUGGGUUGGGAU